AUGGACCGCGACGAGUCGCGCCAAUCUAUCCACGAGAUAGGUCUUGCCAGGCAAGUGAUGCUAGCGUCGGGCAGGGCCGAAUUGGUGACGGUAUGCAGCCCGACUCUACGAGAAGGCAACCACUCGAGGCCGGAAUCCAUUCCGGAAGAAGACGGUUAUCUGCGGCAGAUGGGAGCCAAGAACACGGCGAACUCUGCGUCGCAAAGACUAGACUCUCGACCGCGAGUGGCAUUCAGGGAGGACAACGACAGUUGGUCCAUGUUCUCGAACCCUGACUGCUCGCACGAACAUCCCUGCGGUCACAAGGGGGGCCCGCGUAUCGUGUUUAAGCCGAACAGUGUUGACGCGCACGAUACAACGUUCGAGUCCCCAAGCGGCCCAUUAGGUACGGAAACACCGGUCUCUGAAGCGACAUCCCCCAACUCCGCGGCGUCAGGUCCCGCCUCUCUGCGCGUUGCGUGCGGUGAAGUCAUGGGAAGCGACGCGAGCUCCAAGUUCCCGAGUGUCCUUGGGCCUUUCCUGCUCGAGUCGCUCUCGAGCCGGAAAUCCACGGCCGAGGGUCCUGUGGCCACAGAAUCCAAGUUCAUGCCAAGUCUAGUCUCGUCUGAGAGCAAGUCUUCGCGAGCUCUGCAGAGAGAGUACUACGCGUCUCGUACGGCAGAGUGGGUUCUGAGUCUUCCACCCGAAGCCAACACUGUUCCUGGCCACCUCCCUCCUCUGGUUGCUCUUCAAAAUAACAACAACCCAGCCAGUUUGGAAAAUAUGGACGCUUCACAUCAACACGACUCUGCACUCCGAGGCAAUUUCAUUCCUCUUUCUAAAUCCUUCAAAGAGCCAUCCAAAGAAUCUUUGUCAUCUCCCUCCGGCCAGCAGAAAGAACACCGCGUUUAUCUCAAGCUUAGCUUGACCGACUCGCAAAUGGAUAAACUGGCUGCCGUGCUGUCGCCCGAGGACGACAAUGUGCCGCUGCUUCCUCCGGACAGACUCAGAGACGUUGAACGGAAUGCCGACGGUAUGAGCGAUGUGAAAAUCAAGAACACGCCGCCGAGAGGGCGAUCUCGCUCGCCGGCAAAGGCAUAUCAAUCGGCUACCACAUCGGCUCGUCGUGAGCGAUCCCGCUCGCCCGUGAAAUACAACGAUUCCGAGACCCCUGAGAGUCAGCGCACCAUCCAAGGCUUCCAAAUGAGCGGCAGAAGCGCGUCGCCCAGAAAGGCACAAGAGGUUCGGUUUGACAAAACCACCCCGAUGACCCAUGGAACACCGACCCGCUCCGGGGAUCGCAACCUGAGGAGCCCUCCUGCGCCUAUCGACACAGAUCUGGCUCGAGCCCAUGCCAGGAUGGACGCCUUGCGCCUCGGCAAACAACCCGCCGUCGUCAUUCACAACCCGCCCGAGCGGUCGCCUUCGCCCUCCCGUCUACCUACUCAGUAUAAUGCGGCCGACGACUCCGCGUCCUCGUACUACUCUCAGGACUCGUCUGCGGAGCGUUACCCCUCCACUAUCAGCCCGCUUCGAAUUCAGAAGGACGACGGUCCGCGGCAUCUCAGCAUUCUUCAAGAGUACACCGAGAAGAAGAAUUCUGCCCGUGGCUCGGAGAAGGGCUCAGAAAAGUCUGAGAAACACGCGAUUGCGAACGAAUCGUCCAGCGGCCCAGAACUGGCGUACACCCCGUUGGCCCCCUUCCUACCCCAGGGCGCGCCGACCGUCAGGAAGGCCUCCAAAACCCUGAUUGGGGAGGGUGGUUGGCUCGAGAACACGUCGAAGCCGGAUCAGAAUGGCUCCCCCAGCCGUGGAGGGGGCUUUCUCGGCAACCUUGUCAAGAAGGCAAAGGAAAUGAUCGAAGCAAACCAGGACAACCGCGCCCAGCGCAAGUCGCGCGAGUCGGACAAGAGCCGCCCGGCCUCCCGGCAGCUAGCCAUCUCGCUCAGCCCGCGCGAGCAGAGCCUCCUCUACUGCGAACUCGAGUUCGCCCUCGCGACGGCUCUCAAUGAUUACAUCACGGCGCAGUUCAACGCCGGCCGUCUGGACGCGGACCGUCUCAAGAAGACGGCCGAGGACUGGCAACGCAAGGGCCGGCCCAGGGUGGUCGGGUUCCGGUACGACAUGGAGACGCAGCUGGACCUGGUGCGCGCGCACGUCCACGACUUCAAGUUCUACUCGCGCGUCGCCGCCACCACGGCCAUCCUGGGCAUCCUCGACACGGCCAAGACCAACGCCCGCGUGUUGCGCAUCCGCACCUAUUGCCAGCCGGAUACCGUCAUUGCCAAGCAGCUGCUCGACUCGCAGGGCCUGUUCAACAUCCUGGGCUGCCCAGAGGAGCAGCAGAUCAAGCUCGCCGAGAUCAUUGCCUUCUUCAAGGCCGCCAUCGAGAGGCGCCGGCUCCAUUCCCUUCACGGGCAUCAGCUGCAACUGCAGCAGCAGCAGCAGCAGCAGCAGCAGCAGCACCAGCAGAACGUUGCUCCGGCCGCGGGAGCCGCCACCUCGCCCGUACGCAACAGCAGGAGCCCGAGGCAGGGCGGCGGCGACGACUGGUGGGGAACGACAGCGGCCGCUGCUAAUACUGCUGCUACGACGGGCCAGACGAGGGGCCCCAACAACAACACCCAGGGCGCCGGCAGCAUGGACCCCGCCGGCUAUGACUCUCAAGAUGAGUGA